AUGGGAGCGCCGUAUCAUCCGGCAACGAAUGGACAAGCGGAGCGGUACGUCCAGACGUUCAAGCAGAAAUUGAAGGCGCUGAAGUGUUCCAAGUCUCAGCUGAACCUGGAACUGUCCAACAUUCUUCUUACCUACCGCAAUAUGAUCCAUCCGUCUACCGGGAAAUCACCGUCAAUGCUCGUAUUCGGUCGACAGAUUCGAUCGAGGAUCGACUUGCUGCUGCCGAAGAAUGAAACUUCAAGCAAGGCUGACAUUGCUGUGCGUCAGUUCUUGGAUGGUGAUCGAGUACGUGUUCGCGAUUUCUUGUCGAGUAACAAAUGGAAAUUUGGCAAGAUCGUCGAGAAGGUUGGAAAGCUUCGUUAUACGGUGCGAUUGGAUGACGGACGAAUCUGGGAGCGUCACAUUGACCAUAUCGUCGGUGUGGGCGCUAAUUUGCGGAGCGAUUCGGUGGACCCUCCAAGGGAGGAGUACAUUGAACUCGACGAACCUACAACUUCGGCUGCUGCGCCAGUGGCCCAAGCUACAGCGAAUCCUGUCGAGGAAGCUACUGGUACUGCACCGGUGGUUCCUUGCGCUACACCUGCUGCUGCGACGAUAAUGUCUACUCCUGGAUCCCAGGAGCGUUCUUCGACUGUCGUGGCCGGUCGGUCUGCUGUGUUGGAUGCUGCUCCGACGACUCUACGACGAUCCAGCCGGGUAAUCGUACCUCCCCAGAGAUUGAAUUUGUAA